AUGAAUUCUUUGAGCCUGCUCUUCACAAACACAUUGAAAGAAAUCGGAACCCAAUGUAAAGGUUUUAAAAAGAUUUUUGUAAAUUUUAUCAGUCAUUUUUCCAGAUUAGUGUUUCAGAAAUCUGUCAAAGUUACCGGUGUUAAGUCUGGUCGUCACAUUUCCUGUGUGUCACCAGACCGGGUCUGGAUCAACGAUGGUCAAAAUCUCACUCUGACAGAUGCAUCUGGUCAUAACCUAGAUCAACUGACAGAUAUAACUAGUGGUUAUGGGAUACACACUGUGAAUUUUUAUGAUGAUUUAAUUUAUAUAGACAGGGAGAAAAAUAUCAACAAAUUGUCUACAGAGAACAAAGUAAAGACUACAUUAAUAAAGUACAACACAGCACCAUGGAGACCACAGUGUGUUUACAGCUCCCCCUCCAAUGGAGACCUGCUGGUUGGGAUGUGUAGAGGUACGCGUGAUACAGAGAGUUUGUGGAAUACUGAGAGAAAGACAGGCAACAUAGUGCGGUAUAACGCGACAGGGAAAAACAUCCAGACCAUAGAGCACGACCACAACACAGGUCAGAGACUGUACAGAUUACCUAACUAUAUCACAGAGAACCGCAAUGGAGAUGUUAUUGUGUCUGACGGGGAGCGUUAUGCUGUAGUGGUGACAGAUCGUGAUGGUAAAUUCCGCUUCUCCUACAGAGGUCCUCCAUCAGGAUCAGGACUAUCACCAUAUGGAAUCUGUACUGACGCGCUGUCACACAUCCUGGUGUGUGAUUCUAUCAGCGGAUCAGUACAGAUGUUAGACAGGAACGGUAACUACCUGUAA